UCGUAAAAUCCAUGUCUCAUUCGAUCUACUAUAAAUAUGAUCAAAUAAUUAUACAUUGGUUAUAUGGUGUUGAGACCCUUUUACUUGUGUUGGUAGAAGGGUAGUGAAACAAAAUGCGUGUGCUAUUUCUCAUUGCUCUUACCGUUGCUGCUGUGUCAGCUGCACCCAAAAACCCACAGAGGAUCGUGGGUGGGUCUGUAACCAGCAUUGAACAAUGGCCUGAGAUGACCUCAUUGCUCUUCUCAUGGACCGGAUCUACAUUCUCACAGUCUUGUGGUGGAUCUAUCCUUAACAACAGAUCUGUCUUAUCUGCUGCUCACUGCUUUGUUGGCGACCCACCCACCAGGUGGCGUGUGCGCGUCGGAUCCACCAACGCUAACAGCGGUGGUACCGUUAUCAACGUUGGUCAAAUCUUCAUCAACCCCACCUACAGCUCGUCGACAUUGGACAAUGAUGUCGCUAUCCUGCGUGUUACAACCAACUUCAUUUACAGCAAUGUGAUCCGUGCUGCCAGCAUCGCCGGCACUAACUACAAUCUCGCUGACAAUCAAGUGGUCUACGCCACUGGAUGGGGCAGAGUAUCUCCCGGUGGUGCCGCAUCUGAGCAACUGCGUGAAGUUCAGAUUUGGAGCAUCAACCAGGCUACCUGCAGAAGCCGUUACGCUGAGCUCGGACUUACUGUGACCGAUAACAUGUUGUGCUCCGGUUGGUUGGAUGUCGGCGGUCGCGACCAGUGCCAGGGUGACUCUGGCGGUCCCCUCUUCCACAACGGUGUCGUCGUCGGUAUUUGCUCCUGGGGAUACUCAUGCGCUACUGCUCGCUACCCUGGUGUUAACACUCGUGUGUCUCGUUACACGACUUGGAUUCAAGCCAACGCUUAAAUAUUUUAUAUAUGAUAUUAAAUUAUAAAUUUUCAGUUUUUUAAA